AUGGCGAUUGUGAGCUUCUUCUCGGAGCUGCCCAUUGAAGACACGCUUGUGGAUUUGCAGACAGAGGCAGCGAGCUUGGAUGAUGCCCUUGCCAAGCUCGUGGCCAAACAACAAACUGCGUCUCCAACCCGUUCCCUCGUCAGCGCCCUGCACACCAUCGUCCAGAACAACCACGAGGUGCUUGACACAGUCGAGUCGAAGCUGAGCAAGUAUGGAUUCGCGCCUGCUGAUCCCUUGCCGUCGCUGGAUGACUUGCUGCUCAGCUGCAAGGAUCCAGAGGGAGACAACCAGGACAACACGUUCUGCAUUGACAGCGACACGUCCCAGCACGCCUCCGACAGCUACACCAUCUCCGCAGACACAUGGCACGAUGACGACGUGUUUGCGCAGCAGGCGGCCAAGGGCUGUGCUGCAGACACGCCCGCUCAUCAAGGUGAUUCCAGCGUGGAUGGCACUGUCUCGGGAAUUGCAUCCCCUGCGCAUACCAACAACAGCAGCCAAGAGGCAGGUGCGUACGAUGGAGAAGCACAGGGCGAGGUGUCAUCGCUCUCGGAACCGCCACAGUCCCCGCACACGUGUGCGCCAGAGCCUCCUAUGCCCAGCCCGUCCCCGCCCAUGCUCAGCCGCACCAAGAUCAAACUGUCCGCCACAACGAUGGAAGCGCUCAAGCGAGCAGACAGCCUCUCACCACCACCAGCCAUGCAGAUGACAACCGGCAUGACGGAACGCGAUGCCAAGUACCGCAACAGCUUUGACUCGGACAUGUCCCCGCUGCCCAUGUCCACCAGUCUGCCGCGGGCGUCCUCCACGACUGCCCAUACGAGCAGCGCCAGCACCGACACUCACAGCAGUGAAAAGGCAGUGCGUGAUGGCGACGAACACGGUGUAGGGGAAGGUUCGUUUACUGACCACAUCGCCAGGACCUGCCCGAGCAGCAGCGACAAGGAUGCUGCUCACCUUGACUUUGGCCUCGGCCAUCUUGCGUCGUUUGGCAGUGCGCAUGACGAGCAUGCAGAGCAAUCCACGCACCACAGCACACAGGCAGAGACACCUCAUGCCACCACUGCUACCGCGGACACGAACCCACUCGACCUGUCUGCGCUGUCACCGCCCCCUUUCAACAUGAACAGUGAUUUUCGCGCCAAGUACGCCCGAACGCAGCCGAACAACACCACCAACAUGAGCAGCAAGGACGUCUGUGAGGAGGAACAAGCACGCGCAGACGCAGCACCCACACCUGUCACUGAAGCUGAGGAGGUCGUCCACGCAGAUAGUGAUGGCGAUGAUGGCGAUGGCGUUGUUGACGAGUAUGGCGAUGAUCGUGAUGUGUCCACAUUGCCUCAGGCAGUGGAGGACAACAGCGGCCAUGCAAGCACGCACAACACGCAGGAAACCGUGAGCGCCGGCGAGCCUGUGGAUGACACGUGCCAGUCUGUGUACGCAGACGAUAUGAAUGACAGUCUGACCGCGCACGUGCAUGAGAUCCUGCGCGAUCUGUCGUCGACAGAAUUCUCCUCGCUGCCCUCCUUUGUCCAAGCGCAGGUGUCGGUGGAGGAGUUGAACGAGGUCAUUCUGGCGCUGCGCGAAUGCCUCAAGAACGUGGGCUCUGUUGAAGUGACGCUGAGCGAAUCACAGCUCAGGGACGAUUUGUGUCUUGGAUCCAAGACCAAGGCGUGCAUUCUUGCUCUCAUCAAGACAGGGCGGAUGAAGUCCCAGGGCAUGGCGGAUGGCACGACCGUUUAUGGGUUUGUCAACUAA